AAUUGGAACUGAUUCUUGGCCAGACAUUUUAGUUAACGCCAUGUUAAAAAGCUUGACUCUAGGCAGACCAAAUCCAGUUUUGUUCCAAUCUCUUUGAGGGCAACAGCAGCAAAAUGCCAUUCCGAGGAAUUUGUGUUCUGGUCUGUGUUCUUUGUGUGACACAGAUAACAGCUCAACAGAACACCAGAACCAAGAAAAAGCCAGAAUCAAGAAAAGAUGCUGUAACCCUCAGAAUGAUUGAAGACCUUAAAGAGCUACUAGAGAAUCUUUCUCAAGAGGUGGCCUUACUAAAGGAAAAGCAAGCACUUCAAACAGUUUGUCUGAAAGGUACAAAGAUCAACCUAAAAUGUAUCCUGGCUUUUUCCCAUGCUAAGUCCUAUCAUGAGGCCAAUGAAGAUUGCAUUUCCCAGGGUGGCACCCUUAGUACACCACAGACAGGUGACGAAAAUGAUGCUGUCUAUGAUUAUGUGAGGAAGACUCUGGGGAAUGAGGUGGAAAUUUGGCUUGGCAUCAAUGACCUGGCAGUGGAGGGCAAAUGGGUGGACAUGACAAGCAGCAGCAUUAGCUAUAAGAAUUGGGAAACAGAGAUCACCACCCAACCUGAUGGAGGGAAGCAAGAAAAUUGUGCAGCAUUGUCUGCAGUGGCUGUGGGAAAGUGGUUUGACAAGAGGUGCAGAGAGCAGUUGCUCUAUGUAUGCCAGUUCAUGAUUGUUUAAUAGAUUCAUCUCAGGGAAGGUUUAAUCAAUAUAAUCCAUUGAUCCCUGGAGUUUUGAGUGUGCAUCUUUGUUUGCUUAAACAUAUAUAGAUAUUUAUGAUGAGCCAUAUACAUAUGUAUACACAUUUAACAGAAAAAGUAAUGGCAAUGGAUUAGAAGAAAUUAGAUAUUUGCUGCACUUUAAUUGGUUAUAAGCUACAUCCUAUUAUUAGAAGCAAUAUUAUAUUUACUUGGAUACAAAUCAUAAAUAUCUAUAUUUUUACAUUUAGAAUUUAUUACAAAGAUUUCACUUUUGGGAACAUUCAAUCUUUGCCAAAAUUUCAAUUUAUUGUUGCAUGCAAUUUUUCUGCAAUCUAGCAAUUUUCCUGCUAAUCACACUAAUGAGUGGCUUUUGUUAAACUGUCCCUAUUUGUUGGACUAAAUAGUUAAAUAGUUCAUCUGAAAAUGAAAGUGUUUUUAGCAUCCCUGCUUUCAUUUCAGCACUGAACUCAAAAGUAAGCAGAGUUUAUUCUAUGUGAACAAUAAAAGAAGCAGCAAUGAAGGAACUAACAAAAAUGUUUUACAUGUUUUGCUAAAAUAUAUAUUUCUAAAUUGCUUGGCUGUAUUUCUUCUUGGCAUAUCUAGAUUAGGUAAAAAUGAAGAAAAAGUAAAGUAAGGGAAGAAUUCUGCUGCAAAAAAUUGUACCUAUGCUUGAAAAGGAAAGUGAAAGACUUCAGAAGGUGGUUGUAACACCAGUCUUCAUCUAAGUAACAUGGUCAUGGGGAGGGGGACAGGAAUCCAGAGUAUUUCUUCAAGGGCUCCUAUAGAAACAUUAGGGAAUCAGUUAUCAACUUGAUUCUGGAUAAGUAUACUGAUAUACCCAGUGGCUCAUUGGAAAAAAAUUAUAUAAGAGAUUUUGGGCUGUCUAUCAGUACAGUAAUUUUCUUUUAUACACACAUACACACACACACAUAUAGCCCAUACCAUAUAAUAUUCCAUUUCUUUUUUUUCUCUAAUUACCAAUGUUAAUCUAUUGAUUUCUGCAUAUUCAAAUAUUUUUUCAAUUACUUUUCCCUCUGUUGUUAUCUUACCACUUUUCCAAUUCUGAGCAAAUACAAUUCUAACUGCUGU